AUUGAUCAUUUACGGUUUGCUUGUAUGCUCUAGAUUGGUGUUUUUUGUAUGAUUAAUUUGUAUGAGAAAAUUGAUGUUAAACUUUUAUUUUGAAAGAAACUUGUUAUUGUAAAUUUUUUACUAGAAAAACCCACAGGUACCCAUGAACCCGUGGAUACCCAGUGGGUUGGGUUUGAAAUUUUCAAACCCAACGAGUUUUAUCCGGGUUUUUUUGACGGAUAAACCCAUGAGUUUGAGUUUGGAUUUCACAAAACCCGCCCCAACCCGACCCAUUGCCAUCCCUACCAAUGACCCAUAUAUCAGUUAAAUUUUAAAGACACAUUUAAGACGGGCUUGAAACAUAUCGUACCACAGGCAGACUCACCCAAUUAGCGGCCAGUAUUGGAGCCCAGCUUGAGAAACAUAGCCCAGGCCCAUAACUAUCCCGGGCGGGCCUGAUAGGUCUAGGGUUUUGCUAUAUUUAAGCGCCUUUUCUUCCCUUCUCCUCUGCCCUUUUGCACAGCAGAAGCCGUAUCUUCACGAUGGCCUUCGCGAAAGCCCAGAAGACCAGAGCUUAUUUCAAGCGUUUCCAGGUCAAGUACAAGAGACGGCGAGAUGGCAAAACUGAUUACCGCGCCAGGAUUCGCCUGAUUAAUCAGGACAAGAACAAGUACAACACCCCCAAGUACCGCUUCGUCGUCCGAUUUACCAACAAGGAUGUUGUCACCCAGAUUAUCAGCUCCACCAUUGCCGGUGAUAAUGUAAUGGCAGCAGCUUACUCUCAUGAGCUUCCCCGAUAUGGGCUGGAAGUUGGGCUCACCAAUUACGCUGCUGCGUACUGCACUGGGCUUCUCCUUGCUCGUAGGGUCCUGAAACAGCUUGAGAUGGAUCAAGAGUACGAGGGAAAUGUUGAGGCUACUGGAGAGGAUUACUCUGUUGAGCCAACCGACAGGAGGCCAUUCCGUGCACUUCUUGAUGUUGGUCUUGUUAGGACAACCACUGGGAACCGUGUCUUUGGUGCCCUCAAGGGUGCUUUGGAUGGUGGACUUGAUAUCCCUCACAGUGAGAAGAGGUUUGCUGGUUUCAGCAAAGAUAGCAAGCAGCUCGAUGCUGAUGUUCACCGCAAGUACCUCUAUGGUGGCCAUGUUGCUAACUACAUGAGGAUCUUGCAAGAGGACGAGCCAGAGAAGUAUCAGACUCACUUCAGCGAGUACUCAAAGAGAGGCAUUGGACCCGAUGAGGUAGAGGAACUGUACAAGAAGGUUCAUGCUGCCAUUCGUGCUGACCCAACUGCCAAGAAGACCGGCAAGCCAGCUCCCAAAGAACAGAAGAGGCACAACCCGAAGAGGCUUACUUACGAUGAACGCAGGAACAAGUUGAUUGACAGGCUCAAGGCUCUAAACUCUGCUGCAGAUGAUGAUGAGGAUGACGAGUAGAUGUAGCUGUACUGAAGAAGCUUGGGUUUUUGUCUGGAAGGUUAUUUGGUAUGGACAGAAUUGAAACGUUCAGGGAAUCUGAUCCUUGGAUUUUUGGUUAUAUGAGUCGCUAGUUUUGGCUUUCUGUAUCGUUGAAUGGUUUUUACAGUUUUUAUUAUCGUUUCUCAGUUUGAAGACCAUGAAGAUGAAACUAGUUAUCUUUUAUUCUCAGUCUCCAUUUAUCUUCUAUUACUUGCCACUGUCAUUUAAUUGCUGUGGAAUGCUUUGCAAUUCGCUUGCUCGCUCACCCCGUUAGUAGCAAUGGCAAUGGGACGAAAUGGCAAUGGUAUGGGUUGGGUUUUGUCAAAUCCAAAUCCAUGGGUUUAUCCGUGAAAAAAACUCGUGGUAAAACUCAAACCCAAAUCAACCUGCUGGGUAUCCACGGGUCUAUGGGUAAAAAUCCGUGGUAAAACUCAUUGGGUUUGAAAAACACAAAACCAAAUCAACAUGCUGGGUAUCCAUAGGUCCAUGGGUACCCACGGGUUUUUGUCGUAAAAAAUUCACAAUAAGAAGUUCCUAUCAAAAUUAAAGUCAAAUAUCAAUCUCUCAAUACAAAUUAUCUAUAUAUAAAACACCAUUAUGGAAAAUUCAAGCAAAUCACAAAUUAACUAUACAAUUGUUCAACACCAAUCUAGAAAACUCAAGAAAAUUGAAGCAAAUCACAGAUUAUCCAUAAAUAACAUGAUUAAUUGAAAGAUUCUUCCUUUCAAUUAAGUUUUUCACUCUCCACUCGAUAACAUCAACUUCAUUCUACACAAUUAGAAAGAAAAAAAUUAGACAUGUCUCUACAAACAUAAAUAAGAUUAGUUGUUUAGACUUUAGAAUAUUAAAUAUGCUGAGAAAAUUAAUUAUGUGGGUAUGGGCGGGUACCCAUGGGUCGGGUUUACCUAAACCCAACCCAACCCGGUGAAUAAUGAACGGGUUUAAACCCAAACUCGUCAACACGAAUUUUACCCGCGUUAACCGGGUUGGGUCGGGUGGGUACUCGUGGGUUCGGGUUUUGUUACCAUCCCUAUCCGUUAGCAUGUUCUCCGUAUAUAAAAUUUGUCAGGAAAAUGGAUUUAUAAGAUUUAUCCUAUCAAUUUGUACAUUUUUUUACGUUUUUAAUACAAAGAAGAAAACAUAAAUUAUUUCGGUUUAUUUAUUUAUUGUUAUUCUUAGGAGAAGUAACGUAGUUUAUCGAAUUUCUAUUUGUGAAAUGGAUCACGCCAUCCUUUCUCUGUUUGUCGAACUUCUUCAAUAAUCCAGUUUGAGUCAGUGUCAAAUAAUCCAGUUUGAAUCAAGUAUAACUUGAAUUGGCGAAAUAGUAUAGUGCUUAUUGAGAUUGUAUUCCUUGAGGAAAUUUUGGACUUAUACUACUCUCCGUCUCGAUCCAAACGAAAUAUGUGAAUAUAAACUAUCCAACAAACAAAACUACACUAGGGAGAUCACUAGAGAAAAGUGUUGCUUAGGGUUGAAUAAUUUUAGUUAUAGGUUGAUAUGGGUUGAAUGCAAGUCAAUGAAGGCUCUUCUACGAAGAAUCACUUAAGCUAGCACUUAAGAGAUUUGUCAUGUCUUAUAUGCUUUUUUUUAUAUCAUAGUCAGAUGAAAUAGUAGACAGAUAUGAUUACAAUAGAUAAAAGUAACGACAACCGAUACUAAUCAAUCUGUCGAUGAAAGAGCCCUUUAUGCCACUAAAUGGGCAGCUCUAUUAGUUCCUAAGAACAAAGUGACAAAAACAAUGAAACCUAAAAAAGGAUAUAAGCUUUCGCCGCUACACCACACCGUCUUAAACUCUCUGUGCCUUCACCUAGGAUAUGUGAUGACAAUUCAUCAUUCUCACCUCUCACCCCACAUAUCCACAAAUAGUCACUUGUGGCACCUUGGUAGAUAACAAACCCUUCUUGGCUCUGUAAAUAACAAACAAAAAGGAGCAACAGACAAAAACCAACUCACAGCAAAAUAGACAAUGCUUUACUAG